AUGAAAGGUUUCUUCUACUCAUUGGCUUUAUUAGCCUUCACUAAAUUCGUCCAAUCCGCUGAUUUGCCUGCUAUUGAAGUCAAAGGUAACGCCUUCUGGGAUACUGAAAAUAACCAAAGAUUCUACAUCAGAGGUGUUGAUUAUCAACCUGGUGGUCCCUCUAACUUAAUUGAUCCCUUGGCCGAUAAAGAAGUCUGCGAAAGAGACAUCAAAUUAUUUGAAGAAUUGGGUAUCAACACAAUCAGAAUUUAUUCCGUAGACUCAACUCAAGACCACGAUUACUGCAUGAAUUUAUUAACCAAAGCCGGUAUCUAUUUAGUUCUUGACUUAAACUUGCCUGGUGUCUCCUUAAAUAGAGAAUCAUCAAGAAUUGAAUGUUCUUAUAACCAAUACUACUUAAGAGAAUUAUUUGGUACCAUUGAUGCCUUCAGUUCCUACACAAACGUUUUAGGUUACUUUGCCGCCAAUGAAGUUAUCAACGAUGACGAAACUACAAAUACUGCUCCUUAUAUCAAAGCCGUUGUCAGAGACUUGAAAAACUACAUGAAAUCAAGAAAAUAUCGUCAAGUUCCUGUAGGUUACUCUGCCGCCGAUGUUGAAGAAAACAGAGAAGAAGUUGCCGCUUACUUUAACUGUGGUACUGAUGAAAUGGCAAGAUCCGAUUUCCUUGGUAUUAACGAUUACUCGUGGUGUGGUGAAUCAACCUUUAAAAAGUCUGGCUGGGAUAAAAAAGUUAAAAUGUACGAAAACUACUCCAUUCCAAUCUUCCUCUCGGAAUUCGGUUGUAAUGAAGUCAAAGAAUCAAGACCCUUCAAUGAAAUUGAAGCUCUUUACUCUAAAGAUAUGACUCAUGUUUUCUCUGGUGGUUUAGUUUACGAAUACUCAAUGGAAGACAAUAACUAUGGUUUAGUUGAAAUUAAUGAUGAUGAAUCUAUCAAGAAAUUGUCCGAUUUCGAAAAUCUCAAGAAAAUGUACGCCUCUGUCUCUAACCCAUCCGGCGAUGGUGGAUACACUGAAUCAAACAAUAUCUCCACCUGUCCUUCUUCCUCUACCAACUGGGAACCAAGUGCCAGAGGCUCUUUGCCUGACAUGCCAGAAGGUGCUGAAGAUUACUUGAAAAAUGGUGCUGGUGAAGUUUUUGGUUUUGACUUGGAAAACUCUCAAUGGAUGUGUUAUGAAGGUGCUGACGCCGAUGCCUCUGCCGCCUAUAUAGAUGGUGUUACCGGUGGUGCUGGCUCAUCCACAAGACGUUCUUCCUCAAGAUCCUCUUCUGGUUCAAGUUCUGCCGCUGACUCAGAUGAUGAAACUUCUUCAGUUUCAACCUCUUCCGCUGAUGCUGCUUCAAACCUCUACAACCCUGUUAGAAACUUGCUAAACAACCACAACUAUGAUGCCUCAAUCACUGUAUCUGUAAUAGGUUUCAUCUCAGCUUUAACUUAUAUUUCUUUGAUGUUAUAA